CUCUGUUCUCUGUUUACGUCCACAGCACGCUAGAAUUAAUCCUCGUGCAUUGCCAUAACCAUAACCAUAACCAUAAUCAUAAUCAUAUGUAUGUAGCGUAGCCGGCCAAACAAAUUCUUGUUUUGUUUGUUCUUUUCUCUCUCUCUGAUCGUUGCGAUUUUUCUUUUCUUUUCUUUUUUUUUUUUGUUUUUUCCAUAUAUAUUAGUAUUAUUAUUAUUAUUAUAUAGAAAUUGUUAAAAAUAUAGAGGGAGGGAUUACAGAAGCAAAUUAAUAAGCCAUCAUGGAAGGAGGAGGAGGUGGGAAGGUGUCGUCGUCGUCGUCGUCGUCGUCUCCUUCGACGUCGACGAGUCGUAAGGCACGUGCGAUUAAAGUGGAGGACCAGAAGGUUCCAUUUUAUAAGCUGUUCACGUUCGCUGAUCGGCUUGAUAUGUUGUUGAUGUUAGUCGGUACUGUAAGUGCUAUGGCAAACGGCAUGACUCAGCCCAUAAUGACUCUCAUCUUCGGAAAGCUUAUCAACACCUUCGGUUCUUCCGAUCCUUCUCAAGUCGUUCACCAGGUUUCUAAGGUUUCUUUAGAUUUUGUAAUGUUGGCAGUUGGCUCGGGCAUUGCUUCAUUUCUUCAGGUUUCAUGUUGGAUGGUGAGCGGAGAAAGACAAGCCACACGCAUUCGAGGUUUAUACUUGAAAACAAUACUAAGACAAGACAUUGCUUUCUUUGACACUGAAACUAGUACUGGUGAAGUCAUCGGUAGAAUGUCCGGUGAUACAAUUCUCAUUCAAGAGGCCAUGGGUGAGAAGGUGGGGAAGUUCAUACAGCAGAUUACGACUUUCUUCGGCGGAUUCAUCAUCGCAUUCAUCAAAGGCUGGCUUCUUGCUCUAGUUUUGCUUUCAUGUAUCCCCUGCAUUGCUCUUGCUGGUGGAAUGAUGGCAACCAGGAUAGCGAAAAUGGCAAGCCGUGGACAACUUGCUUAUGCAGAUGCAGGCAAUGUAGUGGAACAAACAGUGGGAUCCAUUAGAACAGUGGCAUCCUUCACUGGGGAGAAGCAAGCUAUUGACAAGUACAACGAGAAGCUUGAGGUUGCCUACAAAGUUUCGACUAAACAAGGGCUGGUGUCAGGAUUGGGAAUGGGUUCGGUUCUUGUAAUUGUGUUUGGAACUCAUGCACUUGCGGUUUGGUAUGGAUCCAAAUUGAUUAUUGAGAAAGGUUACAAUGGAGGAACUGUCAUUAAUGUAAUUUUUGCUAUCAUGACGGGAGGAAUGUCGUUAGGCCAGACAUCUCCAUCUUUGAAUGCUUUUUCUUCGGGGCAGGCUGCUGCUUAUAAAAUGUUCGAGACAAUCAAACGAAAGCCGAAAAUCGAUGCUUAUGAAACUGGAGGGAUUGUCCUGGAAGACAUUAAAGGUGACAUUGAACUUAAGGAUAUAUACUUCAGAUACCCUGCAAGGCCAGAUGUGCAAAUCUUUGCUGGUUUCUCAUUGCAUGUUCCGAGUGGUAAAACUGCUGCUUUAGUUGGCCAAAGUGGCAGUGGCAAAUCAACCGUAAUCAGCCUACUAGAAAGAUUCUAUGACCCAGAUUCCGGUGAAGUUCUUAUAGAUGGUGUUGAUAUGAGAAAGUUUCAGCUUAAAUGGAUAAGGGAAAAGAUUGGGUUGGUUAGUCAAGAACCAAUUCUAUUUGCAACUACUAUAAAAGAAAAUAUCGCAUAUGGAAAGGAAAAUGCAACUGACAAGGAGAUACGAACAGCAAUUGAGCUUGCUAAUGCAGCCAAAUUUAUUGACAAGCUUCCCAUGGGAUUGGAGACAUUGGCUGGUGAACAUGGUACACAACUAUCUGGUGGACAAAAGCAAAGAAUUGCAAUUGCAAGGGCCAUUUUAAAGAACCCAAGAAUCCUCCUUCUUGAUGAAGCAACUAGUGCUUUGGAUGCUGAGUCUGAACGCAUUGUCCAAGAUGCACUGGAAAGAGUUAUGGAAAAUCGAACAACCAUAGUUGUUGCUCAUCGUUUGACAACAAUUAGGAAUGCUGACAUUAUAGCUGUGGUGCAUCAAGGGAAACUUGUGGAGAAAGGAACUCAUGAUGAGUUGAUCAAAGAUUCAGAAGGAGCUUACUCCCAACUAGUUCACCUACAAGAAGGAGCACAUGAAACAGAAGGUGCCCAAGCCUCUAAUUCUGAUUUCAAAACUAUGAGUUUCGAGAUGGAUAAGAGCGUGGUAAGGUCAGGGAGCUCUAUGCGGAGUUCUACGAGCAUAGCUUCAUCCCCUAGUCACUCUUAUGCUCUUAAUUUUGGUUUUUCUAGCCCGAUUCAUUUUCCUGAAUCUGAAGGACACGAAGAGAAUAGCACAAAAAAUGAGAUAGAUCCUAAAAAGAAACAAACUGUUCCACUCAAAAGGUUAGCCUACCUAAACAAGCCUGAGGCUCCAGCCUUGCUUGUUGGAACUAUUGCUGCAGGAAUACAAGGUGUAGUUCUCCCUGUAUUUGGCCUUCUACUUUCAAGUUCCAUUGAAAUGUAUUUCAAACCUCCACAUCAGCUAAGGAAAGAUUCCAAGUUUUGGUCACUCCUGUUUUUGGGCAUGGGUUUCAUCGGUCUUGUGGUUGCUCCAGUGCAGAGUUUCUUCUUUGGAGUUGCAGGUGCAAGAUUGAUACAACGAAUUCGUUCCUUGACUUUUGAGAAGGUUGUGCACCAAGAAAUCUGUUGGUUUGAUGAUCCUGCAAAUUCCAGUGGUGCAAUUGGUGCAAGGUUAUCUUCGGAUGCAUCAAUGGUGAGGAGUCUUGUUGGUGAUGCCUUGGCCUUGUUGGUCCAGAAUAUAGCAACUGUCGUUGCAGCAUUAAUCAUAGCAUUCACAGCUAACUGGAUAUUAGCACUUGUAGUUCUACUUGUGUCACCCAUCUUGAUUAUGCAGGGAUACACACAGACAAAAUUUCUAAAAGGGUUCAGUGCUGAUGCCAAGGUUAUGUAUGAAGAAGCUAGUCAAGUAGCAAAUGAUGCGGUUGGCAGCAUUAGAACUGUUGCAUCAUUUUGUUCUGAAAGCAAAGUGAUGGAAAUGUACCAGAAGAAAUGUGAAGCUCCCAUGGCACAUGGAGUAAGGACAGGAGUAGUAAGUGGUGUAGGUUUUGGACUCUCUUUCUUUUCACUGUACUGCAUAAAUGCAUUUCUUUUCUAUAUUGGAGCUGUUCUUGAGAAACAUGGCAAAGCCACAUUUGGAGAAGUUUUCAAGGUUUUCUUUGCUUUAACAAUCUCAGCAAUGGGGGUUUCCCAAAGUAGUGCCCUGGCUACUGACACCAACAAAGCAAAAGAUUCAGCAGUUUCAAUAUUUGGAAUUCUAGAUAGAAAGACCAAAAUUGAUUCAAGCAGCAAUGAGGGCACAACACUAUCAUCUAUAGCAGGAAAUAUUGAGUUUGAACAUGUGAGCUUUAAAUAUCCCACGCGCCCUGAUAUUCAGAUUUUCAAAGACUUGUGUUUGAGUAUCCCCACUGGAAAGACUGUUGCUUUGGUUGGAGAGAGUGGCAGUGGGAAAUCAACAACAAUCAGUUUAAUAGAAAGAUUUUAUGACCCCGAUUCAGGCCGUAUAACAUUAGAUGGAAUUGAAACCCAAAAGUUUAGAUUAAGCUGGUUGAGACAACAAAUGGGAUUAGUGAGUCAAGAGCCAAUUCUCUUCAACGAAACCAUCCGUUCCAACAUAGCUUAUGGCAAACAAGGAGAAGUUACUGAGGAAGAGAUCAUUGCAGCAACAAAAUCAGCAAACGCACACAACUUCAUAUCUUCCUUGCCUAAUGGUUAUGACACCUCAGUAGGUGAAAGAGGAAUGCAAUUAUCAGGAGGACAAAAGCAGAGAAUAGCCAUUGCGAGGGCAAUACUAAAGAACCCGAAAAUCCUUUUGCUUGAUGAAGCUACAAGUGCACUUGAUGCAGAAUCAGAGAGAGUUGUACAAGAUGCAUUAGAUAGAGUUAUGGUGAAUAGAACAACUGUUGUUGUUGCUCAUCGCCUUAGCACAAUCAAAGGGGCUGAUAUAAUUGCAGUGUUCAAGAAUGGUGUGAUCGCUGAGAAAGGAACACAUGAUAACCUGAUGACAAUCCCUGACGGUGCUUAUGCAUCUCUGGUGGCACUCCAUAUGAGUUCAACAUGAAAAUAGAAAAAUGAUAACAAUGGCAUAAAUUUUAGCUUCUCAAGACAUUAAGUCUCAACAAAACUACCAAAGAAAGACAAUAGUUUAGGGUAAGCUUCUUAAAAUUGUUAAAUUUUAAAGUUUUGUACAUUCUUUAUGUAAAUUAUUUUAUAGCAAUAAUUUACCGUUCAUAUUUAUAUUUGUAAUCCUUAUUAAGUACUUUUUCAAUUAAUUAAUUAAUUAAUAGAUGAUGAUGAUGUCGUGUGUGCGGCUGAGUUGAUAAAUCAUGGAAUUAGUCCUUGGCUGGUGAAGAAAGUGGAAUCAGGAGUUGAAGGAGUAUUCAAUCUCCCAGUAGAAGAGAAAAUCAACUAUGGGCAACACGACAGAGAGGACAAGUGUAAAAUUUGAGAGUUGAGCUUUGUCCUAAUCCUAAUUGGAAUAUUAUGGUGAUUUGUCCAUUGUUGCCUUAAGUUCACUUUUUCUCUUUUUGUUCAUUAGUAAAGAAGUAUAGGAUUUCGUUUUUUUUUUUUUUUU